GCUUUUAUUUGUUAUGCUGUGCGUUAUGUUAAUAUUUAUGCACACAAGAGAGCAAUUUGAACUUUGUUGUGUUUUUUUUAUUUAGUUUUUAAAUUUAUUUUUACUUCGAACAUUCGUGCUUAAAUGUUUAGUCUUCUCAACGGGUGUAUUGUACUAUAAAAAGUACAUGAUUAUUUUACUAAUGCGCAAUAUUCUACGAACCUCUAAUAUUCUUUUAAAGCAUGGUCAUGACAGUUCUUUGUUAAAUCUCAAAAUAUAUAAUAGUAAUUUAUUAGUAACUUUUUAUUGCCUAAAACAAUUUAAAUUGUAAAAUAAUUAAUAUGUCAUGAAAUAUUUUAAAUAGAAUUAAGACAUUAGAAAUUAUUUUGUAAAUGUUACAUUAAUACUUCAAAAAAUGAAUGAAGAAGUAGACAUAAAAUCAAUGGUUGAGUUUGAUCAUUACCAGAACAUAGCUAGAGCUGCAUUUGGUGACAUGCUUUACGAUUCUGAUCGUAACCAACUGUAUUAUAAAGCCUUGAAAAAGGAAAUUACUAGAAUGCAUAAAGCUAAUAGAAAAGUACAUGUUUUGGAUAUAGGAACUGGAACUGGUUUAUUGGCAAUGAUGGCCGCUAAAUGUGGUGCAGAUACUGUAUAUGCAUGCGAGGAAUUUGAAGAAUCGUAUAAAUGUGCAAAAGAAAUAAUAAAACUAAAUGGAUUUUCUGAUAAAAUUGUUCUUAUUCAUAAAAGUUCUCAAAAGCUUAAAAUUGGAGUGGAUAUUCCACAUCGCUUAAAUUUGUUAGUUACUGAAGUAUUUGAUACUGAAUUGAUUGGAGAAGGAGCCAUCUCUGUUUUUAAUCAUGCUCAUAGAGAUCUUUUAACUGAUGAUUGCAUAGUAAUACCAUCUGAAGCUAUUGUUUAUGCUGAAAUUGUUGAAAGUGAUUUUAUUAGAGAUUUUAAUAAAGUUAAUGAUAUUUAUCACAAUAAUAAAUUAUUUAUGAAAGUUCCUGAGAAUAUCAAACAAUGUCGAGGUGUUGAGAGUGUGUUUGAUUUUCAACUGGGAUCUUUAUCAACCAAAUUAUUUAAAGUUCUUGUACCAUCCCAAGUAAUUUUCAGGUUCAAUUGGAGUGAUAAAAAUGGUGUAGCUACAGAUCGUAAAAAUGUCUUACAAUGUAAAACUAUUGAAAGUGGUAUAGCUCAUGCUGCAUUUGUUUGGUGGGACUUGGCUAUGGACAUGGACGGUGAAAUUAUUCUGAGUUGUGCUCCUAAAUGGCAUUUUACUAAUACACAAGAUACUCCAUGGAGAGAUCACUGGAUACAAGGAGUAUACUAUUUUUCAGAAGACAUUGCUCUGAAAUCUAAAGAAGAUGUUUACUUGUUUGGAUAUCAUGAUGAGCUAUCUUUUUGGUUUGAUACAAAUAAAACUAGCUCACAUGUUGAUUUGCCUUUUCCUUAUUGUAAAUGUGAUUUUCAUAGAGUUAUAUGUCGAACUCUUAUUGGAUUAAUGAAUGAUAACUAUAUUAACAGCAAGUAUCUCACCGUUUUGAACAAACUUAUUCAACCAGAAAGUGUUUGUUUGUUUGUUGGGAAUUUGUCUUUUUUAGGUCUUUCUGCAGCCUUAUUUGGUGCAAAAAAGGUUUAUUACUAUGAUGUUAGUGGACCACAACAUUUUAGAGGAAUUUUAAAGUCAUUCAUUACUAUUAAUGGCUUGGAUAAUAAAAUUGUUAUUGUAAAUAAUUUUAAAGAUGUAUUACAAGUUAUUAAUGAUCAAAAUGCUAUGAAUGAAGAAAUUUCAACUGUUUUUAUGGAACCUUCUAAAUGGAUUCUCCCUGAAUGGAUUGACAUAGUAAAGUAUACAUUGCAUGUGAAUCCAAAAGCCAAUAUAUUUCCAAAAGAAGUAACUCUAAAAAUUCAAGCUGUUGAAUUUGAAAAUUUAUGGAAAAUACGAGCUCCAUUAACAGAAAUUGAAGGAUUUGAAAUUUUACCAUUUAAUGAAAUUAUCCAGGAAAGUAUUAAAAUAUCUGAUGGAAUAUUAGAAGAAAAACCAUUGUGGGAGUACCCCAGUAAACCUCUUUCUAGCAUUAAUAAUUUAUUUACAUUAAAUUUUGAAAAUAUGACUUCAGCUUCAAAUUUAAUUCUAAAGAAUAGUUUAAAUGUUCAUAUUGAAAAUGAAGGUAACUGUCAUGGAUUAGUCUGCUGGUUAGACUGGUGUUUGGAUAAGAAUGAACAUGUUUCAUUUGGAUUUUUAAAUGAAGACAGUUGUUUUAAGUGGUAUCCAUAUGCAAGACAGAGAAUUUAUUUUUUGAACAAAUUCAGAAGUGUACUUAAUGAUAACAUUAUAAAAUGUGAUGCAAUUCUUUGUAAAAAUGGUAAUCUUUUAAUAAGUUUUUGUAAUACUUAUGAUCACUAAAACUCUAAAAGCAAGACUUUCUUAUUGUUGUAAAAUAUAUAUAUAUAUA